ACAUAAACUUGAUUCGGCUGUUGAGUGAGGCGUAGAUACACCGACUGUAGAGAAGAGCUAGUGAUCGGCAGCAAUAACGACGGCGUCGGAGUGCGAUUUUGGAGAGGAAGAGUUUCGGGCGUGCUGUGGAAGCUCCAAAUUCGCCGGAGAAAUGGUUUUCGCUUCCCCUUAUUCCUCCUCGGAACAAGCUGCAGGUUCAAUCAGUGCUGGUUGCUUACAGUUUUUUGAACGGAAUUAAGAAUAGAUAGUAUUCUUCUAUGAUGCGAUUGAAUACUGGAACGUAGAGCUUGACCUCAGGUUGAGUAAGGAGGAACAGUCAACUGCACUGGCAACCGUGACUGGCUUUAGAUUUCAGCCAAGGGAGCGAAUGCAAAUGAACUAUAAAUAUGGCAAUGAACUUGGGUUUAAUCAUUCGCAUUCUCUCUGAGCUUUUUGAAGGCUUUUAAACCAUUUUACCAGUCCGAAGACAAGAAGAUGCAAGCAGUAAGGGACAAGCUACACGACAUCACCGCCAUGCGGAAGGCCAAGUCCGAGGCGAAGGCCGAAGAGAAGGCAGAGAAGGAGCUAGCAAAGGCAAGAGUGGAGGUGGCUCAUGAGGUAAGAUUGGCAAGAGAGGCUGAAGCUGCAAUGAGUCUUCAUGUUGCCAAAGCUGGAAAGAGGGCUGAGAAAGAAAUGGCUAAGCAUGCCAAUGCUCACACCAAUAUCUUUGUGGCUCCUGGCGACGGCACCACCACCAACGUGGCCACCGCUCCAGGCGUGACUAUGGUCGGAGCCCCUGGCACCGUCGACAUGGUUGGACCUCAUACCGUUCAUAAGAAGACACUGUAACUCUGGUAACGCCAUCAAAAAGCUUGUCAUCUUUCAUUUGCAAGUAAUUACCUUUGUGUUUGAUUUGUUUUUCUACAAGUUCUACCACAUCUUUAGAUGUUGUGUAGUAUAUAUACAAAAGAUGUAACAUUGUAUUCGGGAGCUUCCUCCCGAGACCGUUCAUAACAAGAAAUCGAAAGUAUUUAAAGAUA